AUGCUGCUAAAAGGCCCAGAUCUUCUAACAUCAUUGCCAGCGGUAUUGUGUCGUUUCCGCCAGCGACAAGUGGCGAUUGCAGGUGACAUCCGUGAAAUGUAUCACCAAAUAAAGAUUAAAAGAGCGGAUCGUCAAGUACAACGGUUUCUCUACAGGAAUGAUCCAUCGCAGAAGCCAGAUAUAUUCGUGAUGGAUGUAGCUAUUUUUGGUUCCACCUGUUCGCCAUGCUCGGCGAACUACGUAAAGAACACAAAUGCAGAGGAGUGGAAAGAACAACUACCUGAAGCAGCCAAAGCGGUGGUUGAGAACCACUAUGUGGAUGAUUUUCUGGACAGUCGUGACACAGAAGAAGAUUUGGCGAAACUGGCUUUGGAUGUGCGGAAGAUUCAGAGCAAAGCCGGAUUCGAACUGCGAAACUGGCGAUCGAAUUCGUUGAAGGUAUUACAGAUUUUGGGAGAAUGUGCAGCAGAUAUGAGGAAGGAUUUUAACGUCGAUAAAGAUAAGCAUAUUGAGCGCGUCCUGGGGAUGGCAUGGAUUCCCGACGAGGAUGUCUUCGUGUACUCCGUGAAACUGCCGAACGAGUUGGAAUAUUCAGUGUCAACGAAAGUCGUUACGACAAAACGAAGUAUCCUGAGAUUCGUGAUGAGUGUGUUCGAUCCGCUAGGUUUAAUAUCAAAUCUGCUUAUCCAUGGUAAAUUGAUUAUUCAAGACCUAUGGAGGGCUCAAAUUGGAUGGGACGACGCUAUACCAGCUAGCAUCCUGCAGCAAUGGGAACGAUGGAUCGAACUACUCUCUAAAUUAACCCAGAUCAAGAUUUCUCGUUGCUAUUUCCCCAGAUACGACCAGGAUUGUCUACAAACUUUGGAGCUCCAUGUAUUUGUGGAUGCGAGCGAGUCUGCUUACGCAUGUGUUGCCUACUUUCGGAUCAUGGACCGUGGACAUCCGCGAUGCGCAUUGGUAGCAUCGAAAGCUAAAGUAGCUCCUUUAAAGCCGCUGUCAAUCCCACGAUUAGAGCUCCAAGCGGCGGUUAUUGGAAGCCGCAUAGCAAAGUCUAUCGCAGAUUAUCACACACUUCCCAUCAGUCGCAGAUUUCUGUGGAGUGACUCCAGAACCGUCCUUUCAUGGAUAAGUUCAGACGCUAGGAAGUAUCGUCAAUAUGUAGCAGUUCGCAUAGGUGAAAUCUUAGAAGACACACAAGCAGAGGAAUGGCGUUGGAUUCCCACCAAACUCAACGUUGCGGACGAGGCCACAAAAUGGGGUAAAGGUCCAUGUUUCCAUCCCGAUAGCCGUUGGUUUACUGGACCUGAUUUCUUGCUUCGACCGGAGAGUGAAUGGCCACAGCAAAAUGCGCCGUUACCAAAUACUAAUGAAGAAAUUCGUGCUAUCCACAUACAUCGUGUGCAGUUGGUACAACCGUUAAUCGACUGCGAGCGGUUCUCUAAAUGGGAACGAAUGCUCCGCGCUACAGCAUAUAUUUAUUCGUUCGUAGAUCGUUGCGCAAUGGUAGGCAAGCAAGAUGCCAAGCCGGCCGGUGGUAGCAUACAGCAAAAGGAUCUUAUUCGAGCAGAAAGAGCGUUAUGGCGGCUAGCGCAGGCGAAAGAAUUUGCUGAAGAGAAAGUUGUUCUUGAAACAAAUAAAGCGUCGAGCGGAGAGCUACUAAAACUCGAGAAAAGCAGCGUACUUCGUCAAUUAUCUCCAUUUCUGGAUGAUUUCGGGGUCAUUCGCAUGGAAGGCAGGACAGAAGCUUCUAAAUUGGCUACGUAUGACGCGAAGUUUCCAGUAAUCCUUCCUAAAAACCAUCGUGUUACAGAGCUUUUGGUAGACUGGUAUCACAGACGAUUUGGCCACCUCAACAGCGAAACUGUGGUAAAUGAAAUUCGCCAACGGUAUCAUAUUUCCGCUCUUCGAACGGUAGUGCGUAAGGUAUCAAGAAAGUGUCAGUGGUGCACUGUGCAUAAAGCUCGCCCUGUAAUACCGAGGAUGGCUCCUCUACCGGAAGCACGUGUUACUCCAUUCGUCCGACCAUUCUCGUUGGUUGGAAUUGACUAUUUUGGUCCAUAUAUGAUUAAGAUAGGGCGUAGUCAAGUAAAGCGCUGGGUAGCACUCUUUACGUGCUUGGUGAUCAGAGCAGUUCAUCUGGAGGUGGUCGCUUCUCUUUCAACGGAAUCCUGCAAAUUAGCACUGAGACGAUUCAUCGCACGUCGGGGAUCUCCGACACAAAUCUAUACUGACAAUGGAACAAAUUUUGUUGGUGCUAGCCGGGAGCUCGCCAGCCAAAUAAAUGCUAUGAAUAAAGAACUGGCCGAGAGCUUCACUGACACUAAUACGCGUUGGUUCUUCAUCCCACCUUCCUCACCGCACAUGGGCGGUGCGUGGGAGAGGAUGGUAAGAGCAGUUAAAACAGCUAUGGAGUCCAUCAAUCAGUUCCGAGCGCCAUCAGAAGAGGUUUUCCAGACUGUAUUGUGUGAUGCGGAGUCAAUGGUCAACUCAAGACCGCUGACGUACGUGCCUCUGGAGACCUCUGAUCAGGAAGCCUUAACUCCAAAUCAUUUCAUCCUUCUAAGCUCAAAUGGAGUCAAGCAACCGGAGAAAAUGCCUGCUACAGAAAGCGAAGCCUUGCGUAACGGAUGGAACUUGUGUCGAUAUAUACUGGAUCAAUUCUGGAAGAGGUGGAUAAGGGAAUAUCUGCCGAUUUUGACACGGCGUACCAAAUGGCACGAAGAGGUGAAACCUAUUGAAGUAGGAGAUCUGGUGUUCAUCGUAGGCGAAUCAACAAGAAAUCAAUGGCCUCGUGGCAAGGUGUUAAAGGUCAUCCAAGGAAGAGAUGGACGCAUUCGACAGGUAGACGUUCAGACCAACACAGGGGUUCUACGCCGUCCAGUAGCAAAGCUCGCGAUACUUCAUGUACUUCCGGUGAGUAAUCCUGCUGAACCAGAGCAGUAUUACGAAGAGGGGAAUGUUGCGGGAGGCGUUACGACCGUUGCUGAAAUUCUUCACAGGGAUGCUGGAGAUCUGACGGAUAGCCAGUCUACAAUCGAUUGGCCGGCAUGA